AUGGAAGUGAAGGUACAAGAAGCCUGCCAAAAUGGAUACUUUGGGCAAUUUCGUGUGUUAGGCCCAGGAGCACCAGUCAUUGCCCCAGUCGGGAAAGAAGCUGUGCUGUCCUGUCACCUCAGCCCAGAGACAGAUGCUGAGGGCAUGGAGGUGACCUGGUUCCGAAUGGAUCCUCCAGCUCUGGUGCAUCGUUAUGUUGCUUCCCAGGAUCAUCUGGAAGAUCAGAGCCCAGAGUACCUAGGGAGGACAGAGUUCCUGAAGGAGAACACCACCACAGGGCAGGUGGCCCUGAGGAUCCAUCCUAUCCUCCCUUCAGAUGACGGAGAGUACAGGUGUAACUUCGCAAGCUCCAAAUUAAAAAAUGAAACAGAAUUCAAGGUGUUGGUCACAGCCUCAGGCACAGCUCCUCAGAUUCACAUUGAGCCUGGCAGCACUGGGGAGGUGAAGCUGACCUGCACAUCCAGGGGCUGGUACCCAGAGCCUGAGGUGCAAUGGAGGGACCUGCAAGGUCGACGUUUGACACCAGCCUCUGAGACCAAGAGAGCAGCAGGAGAUGGCCUGUUUCAUGUGCAAACAUCUGUCACUGUAGACACCAGGUCAAGAGAUGUGUCCUGUGCCAUAAGGAACCCAGUCCUCAGUGAGGAGAAGGAAGCACACGUUUCUAUGGCAGGUUCACUCUUAAAAGAACAUGGUUCUUUAGUGGAAAAGAAUGCUGCACUUACUUUGCAACUUGUACUGAAAUAUGCUCGAAGAUUUACAGAAGACAUAACACUGGAUGAGAAGACUGCUCACCCUCUCCUCCAAGUAUCACAGGACAGAAAAUAUGUGAGGUCUGUUGAGGAAAAACAAGAUGUACCUGACAAUCCUGAAGAUGCUGAUAAUCCUCAGCAGUUUGACACUCACAGGGCUGUUCUGGGGAGGAACAGCUUCUCUGCUGGCAACCAUUACUGGGAAGUGGAUGUAGCAAGGAAGGACAGGUGGGAAAUAGGACUGUGUACGGACUCAGUUACCCGGAAAGGAGACAUCUCUGUUUGUCUUGAAAGUGGGUUUUGGGUACUUUCCCUGGAGAAUGGUGAGUACAAAGCACUCUCCACUCCUCCUUCCAUUCUCAGUAUCCCAGAAGCCCCCUUGGUAGUGGGUAUUUUUCUGCAGUAUGAGAAAGGACUGAUCUCUUUCUUCAAUGUGACAGAUUGUAGUCUUCUUUAUACUUUCAAAAGCAUCUUCACUGAAUCCUUAAAACCAUAUUUCUACCCUGGACCUCUUACUUGGGGAAACAUGAGGGACCUACACCUCCCUAGCUGUCAGUGA